AGAUCUUCAAUUCCCCAUUCCGCCCACCGAUCGACCUUCACGCCAGUCUCGGUCUCUUCCGAAGGCGUCGCGCGCGGUUGUUUGAGAGGAGAGGAGGAAGAUGAGGGAGUGCAUCUCCGUCCACAUCGGGCAGGCCGGCAUCCAAGUCGGCAACGCGUGCUGGGAACUUUACUGCCUCGAGCACGGCAUCCAGCCUGAUGGCCAAGUGCCUGGAGAUAAGACCGCGGGACAUCACGAUGAUGCCUUCAGCACCUUCUUCAGCCAGACUGGUGCUGGGAAGCACGUUCCCCGUGCAAUCUUCGUUGAUCUAGAACCCACUGUGAUCGAUGAGGUGCGCACUGGCACGUACCGCCAGCUCUUCCACCCUGAGCAGCUCAUCAGUGGCAAGGAGGAUGCCGCUAACAAUUUCGCCCGUGGCCACUACACAAUUGGCAAGGAGAUUGUUGAUCUGUGCCUUGACCGUAUCCGCAAGCUUGCUGACAACUGCACCGGCCUCCAGGGCUUCCUGGUCUUCAAUGCCGUUGGUGGUGGCACUGGCUCUGGCCUUGGUUCUCUCCUCCUUGAGCGCCUGUCUGUGGAGUACGGCAAGAAAUCCAAGCUGGGCUUCACUGUGUACCCAUCUCCCCAGGUGUCAACCUCUGUUGUGGAGCCUUACAACAGCGUGCUCUCCACUCACUCACUCCUGGAGCACACUGAUGUCUCCAUCCUGCUCGACAACGAGGCCAUCUAUGACAUCUGCAGGCGCUCCCUCGACAUUGAGAGGCCCAACUACUCCAACUUGAAUCGCCUUGUGUCUCAGGUGAUCUCAUCGCUGACUGCUUCUCUGAGGUUCGAUGGUGCCCUCAAUGUGGAUGUGAACGAGUUCCAGACCAACCUGGUUCCUUACCCGAGGAUCCACUUCAUGCUCUCCUCCUACGCACCGGUGAUCUCUUCUGCGAAGGCCUUCCACGAGCAGCUGUCUGUGGCGGAGAUCACCAGCAGCGCGUUCGAGCCGGCUUCCAUGAUGGUCAAGUGCGACCCACGGCACGGCAAGUACAUGGCUUGCUGCCUGAUGUACCGCGGCGACGUGGUGCCCAAGGACGUGAACGCCGCGGUGGCCACCAUCAAGACGAAGCGCACCAUCCAGUUCGUGGACUGGUGCCCGACGGGGUUCAAGUGCGGCAUCAACUACCAGGCGCCGACAGUGGUGCCGGGUGCCGACCUCGCCAAGGUGCAGCGCGCGGUGUGCAUGAUCUCCAACUCCACCAGCGUCGUCGAGGUGUUCUCCCGCAUCAACAGCAAGUUCGACCUCAUGUACGCCAAGCGCGCGUUCGUGCACUGGUACGUCGGCGAGGGCAUGGAGGAGGGGGAGUUCUCCGAGGCACGCGAGGACCUGGCCGCCCUGGAGAAGGACUACGAGGAGGUCGCCGCAGAGGGCGGCAGUGAUGACGGUGACGAGGAGGAGGAAUACUGAUCUGCUUGCAUGAAUCUGUUUGGCUGUCGAGCCAGGUUGUGGUGUUGAAAAACCUUUGUUUGUGUCCUGGCCCCCCUGGGUAAUGUUUGGGUGUUUCCUUCCAUCAUCACUUGCUGAACUGCUCUAGUAUUUGCAUUUGUAAUUGAAGUCUGUCGCUUUAAGCACUCUUGGUUCUAAAGAUCUCUGUGCUUUUGGGGGGUGUUUUUGCAUUGCCCCAGAUUCCAAUAAACUCACCAAAUUCGGGUCGUGCGUAGU